AAAGUAACGUCGCGUUGCGUCACGUAAACAGCGUCUCAAACAUGGCGGACAAGAGCAGUCAAGGGGAGCCCAAACCCGAAGCCCAGUUCGCGAAGAGAAUAGACCCCGCGAAGGCAGAUCUGACCCGAGAACAGCUGCAGUUCAUCCGGCAAGUGGAGCUGGCGCAGUGGAGGAAGAAAACCGAUAAACUGCGGGGGAGAAACGUUGUGACGGGACUCGCGAUCGGAGCGGUGGUGCUCGGGAUCUAUGGCUACACCUUCUACUCCGUUUCCCAAGAGAGAAUCAUGGACGAAAUCGAUGAAGAGGCCAGAGCCGCAAAACUACAGACUCCAAAGACUGGAGCCAACUGAACUCAAUGAACUUUAUCUUGAGGAAGUGUCUGCACUGACAGGAACGUGACACACAUGACACCUGCAGGGGGCGCCACAUCCAUUCACACAGCCUCCUCCUCGACCAGAGACUCGAGACUAACCAAGACGAGGAGGAACCGUCUGUUUGCCAAAGCAGCUCUUCAUUAUUGCUGUUAAAACAUUAGUGGUGACAUGGAAGCUGAAUGUCGUAAUAUUCCCUGAUGUACUAUGAAUACUCGCUACAGGUGAUCUCGUUUGAGUGCAAAUACAUAAUCAAAGAGUGAACUUCAAGAAAGAUGUUUAUGUUUGUUUUUUUUUAAUGAACACAAUAAAAAUGUGUACUUAAUAAUGCU